AUGGGGAAACCGAGGGACCUCCAAGCGACCGUUCCCAGAUCGCAGAGUAUCGAUGCCGACAAUGUGUCUGGUUCCGACGAAAGCUCAUUCACAAAACCCACGAAGACAUGGAAGAGCUUAGUGUGGGAUACAUGGGAGUUACCACCAAAGGAGCGCUGGCUGCUCUUCAAAGUUGAUGCUUUCGUACUCACAUUUGCAUCGAUUGGCUAUUUUUUGAAAAAUAUCGACCAGACAAAUGUCAACAACGCUUUCCUUAGUGGGAUGGAGGAGGACCUGGAGAUGUUUGGCAACCAACUGGUGACAAGUACAUCGAUAUGGACAGUGGGAUACGUGAUCGGUCAAAUUCCCUGCAAUUUACUGUUGACCCGAGUGUCACCGCGAUGGAUUAUUCCAACCCUGGAGGUCGGAUGGGGUCUUGCGACAAUCUGCACAUCGGCCGUCAAAAACUACCAAGCACUUUACGCCCUACGAUUUCUAGUGGGCUUCUUUGAAUCAGGAUUCUACCCGGGAAUUCACUACAUGUUGGGCUCAUGGUAUACCCCACGAGAGAUCGGAAAACGAGCAAUGAUAUUCUGGCUCGCUGGAUCAGUUGGUUCCUUAUUCAGUGGUUUCCUUCAGGCUGCCGCAUACAACAAUCUCAACGGAACACAUGGUUACGCAGGCUGGCGCUGGCUGUUCGUCAUUGAUGGCAUCAUAACACUUCCGCUUGCUGUCGCAGGAUACGUCUUCUUCCCUAAUUUGCCUCAAGGGGGUAAGAAAACGUGGUGGACUACCGAGGAAGAGCAUCUUCUUUCGAUCGAAAGAAUGAACGGAAUUGGCCGUGCUGGAAAAGACCCUUGGACAAAAGCGAAAGCGAAGAAGAUUCUUCUCAGUUGGCAAACUUAUCUACUUCCGCUCCUUUACAUCGUCUGGAACAAUGGAAUUCCCCAACCGAGUAUGGGAUAUUGGCUGAAAAGCUUCAAUAAAGAUCCUCCUCCCGUCCCUGGAACCCAUUAUACGGUGCCGCAGAUUAACAACUUGCCUCUUCCCACCACUGCUGUCCUGAUCGGUAUGGGUUUAGUCUGGGCCUGGGUCUCAGACGGACCCUGCCGGGGUGCCCGCUGGCCAUUCAUCUACAUUGGUGCUGUCACAACCAUGAUCAUGAGUGCUCUUCUACUCAAGCUCCCCCUAUACACAGGAAUGAAGGGUCGUAUCGCUGUAUAUUGGCUCACCAAAGUCGGCGAAGGUGCUGGCCCAUUGAUUCUGAGUUGGAUCAACGAGAUCUGUUCCGACGACACCGAGAUGCGGGCUCUACUCGUCGCAAUGGCAAAUGACCUUGCCUAUGUGGUGCAGGCAGUGGCACCCAAUUUUGUUUGGAAAACUACCGAUUUCCCUCGCGCUGCGAAAGGACACACCUAUUCCAUUGUUCUUCAAGUCUUACUCAUUGCAACCACGGCUCUCAUUCAGCUCUUGCUCUGGAGGGAUAAGAAGAAGGCUGCGAGAACGGACCUGGAGUCACACGUUGUGGCUGGUAUUGAAGAAUCGGCCAUAGGCACCCAGGCUGCCCGAGGAGGGAAUGAAACCGGAGGCGACAGUGAUGGAAAGGCUCCUCAAGUCUCCAGCGCGAAGUACGUUGGGACUUCUCAAAUCUAA